AUAGAACAAAGACUCGUCAUUGUGAGCAAGGAUUGAGGAGUGAGGACUUUCGGUACAGUAUUUUUGCUCAGACACAUUUUAUAAAUUCUUUCAAAAUGUUCAUCAAGGUAUUGUUUGCUUUAGUCCUUUUUUGUAGUGCCAUGUGCAAGCCACAUUUCGUAGAACUAGAUGAAGAAGAGAAACAGCUGUACCGAGCGGCGUACGACAACUACGAUGAUGAUGAUGAUGUGGACGUGGAUGUGGGAGUCCUCACGCCCAAAGACAGCAUCUGGCUAAUGAAGGCUAAACUGAAGGAAGUGAAGGAGUUCAUGCGAGCCCUGUGCGCCAACCUGCUGUCCACCAAGCUGAAGAUCAAGGAGCUCGCCACCAAACACAAGCUGCACUUCAACAAACACACCGACAAGAAGCCAUCGUAUAACUAUCAGCCUUACCAUCCAACGCCAUCAUACCAACCAUCAUAUGAGCCCCAGCAGCCUCAGUAUGGACACGAGGGACAUUACAACUACUAAUUAACUAGUUGAGUAGUCAUUUAAUUAAUGCCUAGUUACCGAAAAUUACGUCAAAAUAUGUUAAUUGUGAGAAUGCUUCUAAGCUAAAGUUGGGUACCUACGUCAAAUUUUGUUCAAUAUUUUCAAAGGCAGAAUUUUAUAAGCAGAAUGUAAUGUUUUUUUAGAAUAAUUGUUAUUUCAAAUACUUAAUCUUCAAGUCUUCUCUGGCAGAAGAAUCAUGAAGGUUAAUAAAUCUAUUUUAAUAUUAGACUAUAUGCAAUUUGAAUU